AUGCCAGUAACCGAGAUCACAAGUGUCACACAAUUCAACGAAAUGAUCGCGACAGGCGAUUGUAUUGUCGACUUUUACGCGACAUGGUGUGGGCCUUGUCGAAGUAUUUCUCCGUAUGUUGAAGAGCUCUCGCGACAAUAUCCGACUAUCAAGUUCUGUCGUGUAGAUACAUCUCAGGUGCAAACAGUCGCGGCGUUCUAUCAAAUUCGGUGCAUCCCAACUUUCUACUUUUUUUCAAAUGGAAUUAAGAUGUCACAGUUUUCUGGGGCUGAUCGACAGAAGUUGAAUGAUAUGGCGAUGUGGGCUUAUUAUCAAUAA